AAUGUGUGUAACUGCUGAUACUUCAGCUCAAGACGCUUUAAAUUUAAUGGUGUCUCGUGGAUUUCGUCAUUUGCCUGUUUGUAAUGAGGAGGGUGAUAUCUUUGGAUUACUCGAUAUUACGAAAUGUAUUUAUGAGGCAUUAAACAAAAUGGAGAAGGCAUAUGGGUCAUCACGUAAGCUGUACGAUGCACUGGAGGGAGUAGAGCGUAAUUGGGCAAAUAGCCCUGUUCAAUUUGUACAAUAUAUGGAAGCUUUACGUGAUAAAAUGUCUUGUCCUGACUUGACUACCGUACUUGAUCAUGCUGGUCCUGUUCAAGUUGCUGUAAAAGCUCAGGUUCGCGAAGUUGCAAAAUUAAUGAAGGAGAAUCACACAACAGCUGUCCUUGUUAUGGACCAUGGCGGAUUAGCCGGUAUUUUUACAUCAAAGGACAUUGUUUUACGUGUCAUUGCCGCUGGUCUUGCCCCAGAUAAUUGUUCUGUUGUACGUGUUAUGACACCCCACCCAGAUACCGCUUUACCAUCAACAAGCAUAUUGGAUGCCUUAAAGAAAAUGCACGAUGGCCAUUACCUUAAUUUGCCUGUACUGGAUGAAGAACGUAAUAUAGUUGGAUUAAUUGAUGUACUGCGAUUAACUUAUGCUACACUCGAACAGAUCAAUAGCAUUGAAGGAAAUCAGGGUGACGGUGGCAAAUUCUGGAGUAGCAUUGCUGCAGCUGAUCCAACGGAGAAUGAAUCCGUAAUUUCUGACUCACUCUCACAGGCAGCCAACUCACACAUGUUCCAACCUUCUUCCCCUCAAUAUGACCAUUCUACAAUAAGAAUGGUUUCUCCUUUACCAGGACAUGCCCCUACUUACACAGGUUUGGGAUACGCCGAGCUCACACCUGGGGAUUCUGCAUCGGUUAUACAUGACGAUAGCCGCUCCACUGUAUCAUCCCAUAUGAACAGUAGCACUUUUUCGUUUAAGUUCAACUAUGGUAACAAAACACAUCGAUUUCGUCAUGAUGGUAUCAACUUUGAAAGUCUUUUGCAAGUUAUUCAACAAAAAAUCAUGGUUGAACAUCUUUCAAUCUCACAAUCCUAUGUUGCCGUUGGUAAAGAAGAUGGCGAGGAUUGGUUGACAAUUGCUUAUUUGGAUGACGAAAAUGAUCAGGUUCUAAUGACAUGUGACUCUGACCUAUCCGAUUCUGUGCAAUUAGCUAGAAAAUCAGGGUUAGAUCGCGUUAGACUAUUUGUGCAUGAUUCUUUAGCCGAUGCUGUGGCAGAACAACAGCAAUUAAAGCAGCAGUUAAAAGAAGAAGAAGAAUUAAAGUUACAACAAAGACAAUUGCAGUUAGCUAAUUCUGUUAGUGCCAUGGUUGAUGUUCCAGCUAGUCAACCAACAACUCUAGGUUAUACGACGGAAGGAAAAGAAAGUCUAAGUGAUAUUAAAGAGGAUGACGAAGAAGAAGAGGAAGAAGAAGAGGAAGAAGAAAGAACAAAAAUGGAAACAAUCAGUAAGAAAAAGAGGUCGCGCUCUUUAGGCGGUGCCAAUGUGAAACGAGAUAUCUCUGCGGAAUAUAACUUACCGAUCCCACAAGAUAUGCUUUUGCCUGCAGCAAUUACCUUUUUAGGUGUCGUGAUUUUAGGCGUUUUUACCAUCUCUAAGUUGACAAGCAGUUCUAACGCGCGUUAUUAGCAAGAGACAGUAGAUUUAAUAUGACCCUACACAGAAAGGAAAUAAAAGAGAAUAAUAGAACUUGUUUUUAAUUAAUUAAUAUAAUAAUAAUAAUAAACUUACAUAAAUAUAACGGA